UGAUGGUCUCGCUACUGCGGAAGCUCAUAGCUUUCUGGUGGGAGUAAGAAAUUGCUGUUUGGCGUAAUUCUCCACCGAGGGAGGAUCCUGAAGAAUGGCCAGCUCUAGUUCUCAAGACAUGGUCUGUGGGUCAGUGACAUUCAGGGAUGUGGCUGUUGACUUCUCUCAGGAGGAAUGGGCCUGCCUAGAUGCUACUCAGAGGGUCUUAUACAGGGACUUGAUGUUGGAGACCUACAGCAACCUCGUCACAGUGGUGGGAAGUUCCGUUUCCAAACCCGAUCUGAUCGCCUUAUUAGAGCAGGAGAGAGAGCCCUGGAUGGUUGUGAAGGAAGAAACAGACAGGCCCAGCCCAGAUUUGGAGUCAAAUUAUGAAGCUCAAAAAUUAUCUCCAGACAAUCAUACUUAUAAUAUAAAUUUACCCAAAGAGAGCAUAAAGCAUGUAAGUAAAACUUUUGACCUCCAGGGCUCCAGUUUUAGUAAUGGCCUCAACUAUAGAACAUUCAAGGGACUACAGAGUUGUCAAGAAGGAAAUGAUGAUCAAAAGAUUACCAAGAAGGAAAAAAUACCUACUUUUGCCAGCCAAACUAUUACUCACAAUAUAGAAAAAGCAUAUGAAUGUAAAGAGUGUGGGAAGUACUUUGAUUGUAGUUCAACUCUUUUUCAGCAUCAGACUAUUCAUAUUGGAGAGAAAGCCUAUGAAUGCAAGGAUUGUGGGAAGGCCUUCAGACUCCAACAACAGCUUACAAGGCAUCAGAAAUCUCACAGUGGUGAGAGACCUUAUGAAUGUGAUGAAUGUGGAAAGGCAUUUCAUCUCCCCAACCUGCUUAAGUACCAUAAAACCAUUCAUACAGGUACAAAACCAUUUGAAUGUGAGGAAUGUGGAAAGUCCUUCAAGCGUGUCUUCCACCUUGUUGAACAUAGGAGUGUUCAUGCUGGUGUGAAACCAUAUGAAUGUAAGGAAUGUGGGAAAGCCUUUAAACGUCGCUCAUAUGUUACACAGCAUCAGAAAAUUCAUUCUGGUGAGAGACCCUUUCAGUGUAAGGAAUGUGGAAAAGCCUUCACUUUUCUGGCACAGCUCACUCGGCAUCAGAAUAUUCAUAGUGGAGAGAGAUCAUUUGAAUGUAAGGAGUGUGGGAAGAUAUUCAGUUUUGGUUCAUUUCUUUUGCGGCACCAGAGUAUUCAUACUGGUGAGAAACCCUUUGAGUGUAAAGUAUGUGGAAAGACUUUUAGGCUUCAGUCAUACCUUUCUGAGCAUAAGAAAACUCACACUGAUGAGAAACCUUUCAAGUGCAAGCUGUGUGGGUCAGCCUUCCGACGUAAGGACCAACUUAGUGAGCAUCAGAGAACUCAUACCGAUGUGAAACCCUAUCAGUGCAAGGAAUGUGGGAAAUCCUUUCGACGGCGUUCAGGUUUUACUGAUCAUCAGAGUAUUCACACUGGAAAGAAACCCUUUGGUUGUAAGGAAUGUGGAAAAGUCUUUAGACUUAAUAUACACCUCAUACGACAUCAGAAAUUUCAUAGUGGCGAGAGACCUUUUGAAUGCAAAGAAUGUGGAAAGGCAUUUCAUCUUUCCAGCCAGCUUAAUUACCAUAAAAGCAUUCAUACAAAUCAAAAACCAUUUGCUUGCAAGGAGUGUGGGAAGUCCUUCAAGCAUGUCUCCAGUCUUGUUGGUCAUAGAAUUAUUCAUGCUGGUGUGAAACCAUAUGAAUGUAAUGAGUGUGGGAAAGCCUUUAAUCAUCGCUCAAACCUCAAGCAACAUCAGAAAAUUCAUUCUGGUGAAAGACCCUUUCAGUGCAAGGAAUGUGGAAAGGCCUUUAUUGUUCUGGCACAGCUCACUCGGCACCAGAGCAUUCAUACUGGAAAGAAAUCAUUUGAAUGUGAACAGUGUGGGUCAGCCUUCAGACUUAAGUCCCUACUCAAUCAACAUCAGAAAAUUCAUACUGAUGUGAAACCCUAUCAGUGCAAGGAAUGUGGAAAGGGUUUUGUUCGUGGUACAUUCCUUAAAAUUCACCAGAGAAUCCAUACUGGUGAGAAGCCCUUUCAAUGUAAGGAAUGUGGAGAAGGCUUUCAAUAUCAUUACCAAUUUCUUGGACAUUUUAGAAUUCAUACUGGCAAGAAUCCUUAUGAAUGUAAAGAAUGUGGGAAGUGCUUUACUUGUGGUAGAGACCUUAAAGUACAUCAAAGAAUUCACACUGAUGAGAAACUUUACCAAUGUUAAGAAUGUGGGAAGACCUUUAGUCAAAAAUCAAACUUGGUCGGACACACUAAAAUUCAUAUUGGAAAGAAGUCUUAUGGAAAUAAGGAAUGUGGAAGUUCCUUUAGCAAUAAUGCUCAGCUAGCUGUAUAUCAGAAUUUGUAUUGGUGAGAAACCAUAUUGAAUGUAAGAAAUGUGGGAAAAUGUUUAGAUUUAGUUCAGCCUUCACUGAAUAACAGAGAAUUCAUACUGGUGUGACACCCUAUCAAUGUAAAGAAUGAGAAAAUACCUUCAGUUGGAACUCAGGCCUUCAAAAUAAAGGAAUCCAUGCUUA